GUCAAAUGUUAUGGCAACGUUUUCUCUAACUUCAAAGAUUAAAAUGACAACGAUUCUUGGUGUUGGUUCUGGUGUGUUUAUACUGUGCAUGUUAUGGGCAGCGACUGCUUUACUAUGCAUGGUAAUAUCUCAAAGAGAAAAUAAGUCGAGUUCUGGUCUUAUCUAUGAUAAUAACACUAACUUUGGCUGUUAUCCCACGGGAUACAAAAGCAGUGAAAAGUGAAGAGAAAUUCGACUACCCCUGUAUCAUACGGAUUGCAUAUUUGGUUCUAUAUUCCGUGACUGGUUUCCUACUUCUUAUUUUGUAUUGUAUUCUGUAUGCAUUUAAAAUACAUCAGCGAUGAAAUUUUUAUUA